GCCCAAUGUACAUUAUACCAACUUUCGUAUUCAGCCUUUCUGUGCGGUAUCGAAUCUACCAGCUAUUGGAGCCUCGACUGGAGGCCAUGCGAUUAUAGAGCUUUGGCGUCCAAUUACGCACGUGCGGAUGCUCUGCAGAUUCAGGGACACCCCGGAACAAGCAAGCGUCGCGACAAAGGAGUCGAAAGAGAAUUUAAUAGCCAAGCUUGGAGGUUCGCGGUAUGGUAUACCCUCCCGAACACCAGCUACGUGUGCUACCCAUUGUACUUCGCAUAUACCCUGUCUAGCCUCUUCAUUCGACUAUCUUUUUUAUACCCCUUAUUCCCUUCAUACUCACAAAGCAUGUCCUAUCGGGGGCGGCCCAGUAAGGGCUGCGAGUCAUGCCGGGCUCGAAAAGUCAAAUGCGAUGAGGCGAGCCCAGUCUGUGGUCGCUGUAGCAAAUCAGGCCAUGACUGCAAGUAUAGGGAUCAGGCAGACCUUCUUUUCCGAAACCAAACUGCUUCUGCUGCUCAGAAAGCGGAAGAAUCGUGGAGGAAACGAUCAAAGUCACAUCAGCGGCGUGAUAUCAGCGAGGGUAGCACCAGCAACAACACCCCCCCGAGUGACAAGUCGUCGCCCUAUGAACCUCUGAACGAACCGCCUUACCACGUGUCCGACGUAAACACAUCUAUCGUCCAUUUCGAUGAGCUAACCAUCGCACCGAGAGUCAAGCCAGAUAUUCUCCGUCUGGCCUACGAUCGAUUUAUCUACGAUUUCGUCUUACCCAAGUCCCCAAACAGGCCGCCGGACCAGCCGUCUGAUGCACUCUUUUCGUUCAUUCCAAUAUUGUAUGAAAAUGCCGCCGAGGACUCCUGCUUAGCAACCGUUGUGAACGCUGUCGCUUACGUCAAUUUCGCCAACAGGUGCAAUGCCCCGCAAGCCGAGGCGCUAGCAGAAGAGUGCUUAGGGAAGGGCAUUACCAUGUUGUCCAAGGUUAUCGCGGACAAAAUUCUAGCAGGCACUAACGAUACACUGUGCUCAGUCUACCUUAUGGGCAUUUACGAGAAUCUCACCAUUCAACAACGCCAGGGCACGUUCAUCGCACAUCACCACGGUGCCAAUGCGUUGCUUCAGCUCCGAUCUAUUAAGCAAUACUAUAGCGAUUCAGUUUCUGCCCGCCUCUAUGAGGUGGCGUACGCCCAAAUGCUGCUUGGUAAUAUACAAGCUGGAAAACGCCCGCCGCUUCCUAUGAGGGAUGAUGUCAGCGCUGAAGAAAACUCACCCAAUCUCUACAACAACGCCGAUUUCUUCAUCAUUCGACUCAUUUGGAAAGAGGCUAUGCUACAUGCCAGAUGGCAGGAAGUCAAACAAAGCCCCCAUCCUCCUAUCAACCGAUCGAACUUGCAAGAGCUCUUACACGGUGCUCUUCAUCUAGACAGCGAGUUUCAAGCCUGGGAAACCGCAAUACCACCGACUUGGAGAUAUCGGAUCGACCCUAACACCCCUGAAAACCGAGCUACCUUCGAUGAAAGGUGGCAAAAGCUGAUUCUCUUGAGUAGAGGCGCGCCAGAGGAUAUUCACUCAUAUUCAACUCUGAAACAAUACUGGAUGUGGAGUUUCUACCGCACUAGUCGAAUCUUCCUACUGCGAGACCAGCUUGAGAUCCUCAACUGGAUGUUCAGGUUGCCAGAGCCAGACCCACUGAUUGUUCAGACGGAUGCGUCGCAAAAGGAGUCUGAGCCAACCACUACACCAAGUAAGCCUACCAUUAUGGGUCUGGAUAACAUGACAUUACGCAAUCUUCACUCCUCUGCCACUAUAAGCAUGAUCAAAAUGAUCGAGGAGAGUUGCGCUGCAAUCCUAAGCAGCUUCACUGUUCCAAUAUAUUCCAAGACAAUUGAAGAUGUCGUGGGUAUGAGAGGAUACGUUUGCCUCUGGUCAUUAGGGACCAUGGAUUCUGUUCUGGCAGCAGGCUUGGUCCCGGAAUCAAUGGCGCCCAACACUGGCGACUAUUCACAAAUGUCGCCUUUUUCUCAAACUGCGAGUUUUGCGUCACAAGCUCCCGUUGCGUAUAGCACGGCUCCACAUAGCAUGCAAUCAGCGGAACAGAGCCCGUAUGGAACAAACCCACAGUUCCCUGAGCCAUCUAACCUGCUGCCGCCUGAACACCACUACUCUUCACCAUCAAUAUCAACAUCGCAAGACGCUUCGCACUUCACCCCACCUGCCGCGCCACCUACAUUCGACCCCACGGCCACGACCGGUCACAUCUUCAAUGACAGCCCUGCACACCCAUACGACCUCCCAGUCGACUUAUCUGCCCUCGACAUCAAUGAUACACCGAAGCAACUCGACGUGGCCGCAAAGAGAGAGUGGCUUAAUAGCCUACUAUACUAUAUCGGCACGGAGCUCGGUAUCAAGAAGGCAUUGUGUGUUCCAAUCGUAGAGGGCUUCAUGCCAAAGGUGAAGCCUAGGGUGGACGAGAUCUUUUGCCGCUAAGUAACAAACAGUCGAAAUGAAGGCAGUCUCCCACGAAGCGAAGCGAUGGCUGUCCUGAACAAGUGAAUGUCCUCGGCGAAAGAAAUGGCGUUGCUGCAUGGACAAAAGCAUUUGGUAGCUCUACGUCUCGGUUAUUAUAUCCUUUUCCUUGUAUUUCACAUCUAGCAACACAGCGAACAUAAGGAUUAUUUGCAAGCUCGUUGGAGGGUUUGGUAGGGAGCGUGGUUUAGCAAGUCUUUGGAUAAGACUCAAGGAUAAGAAUAUAUAUAAGCAAAAUUUAAAAAAAGACAAUGCCUC